UAAAGAAACGCAGUUUACGAAAGCUCAAAACAAAUUACUAGCGAUGCAUGCCGAUGUUAAAACGCACGAAAUCUUGGUGCUUUUAUUACGAUUACGUCAGUUGUGUUGUCAUCCGGCAUUGAUCCACGCGAUGUUGGAUCAGGAUGAUGUGAGGCAAAGUGGGAUAAUGGAUACAGAUAAUGUGGAUCCUGAGUUAUUGUCACAAGUGAAUAGUAUAUCGCUUAAUGGAAUUGAUAAGGAAGAGGAAGAUGUUAAUAUUAAUGAAAGAAUAGUAGAAAAUCUACUUACUGCUGAGAAUCCGGUAUUUGAUGAUGAUCGCAUUAGUUCUAAAAUGAGGAUCUUGCUUAAAAUGGUUGAAGAAAUUUUACAAAAAGGUGAGGAUAAACUCAUUAUCGUUUCUCAAUGGACCACUCUGUUAGAUGUUAUAGCAUCGCACCUACCUACAAUCAAGGAUGCUACAUUUAGCAAAUUUACUGGAAAUGUUGCUAUCAAAGAUCGCCAAGUAUGUU